AUGUUGCGUAGGCCACCAACUGCUAUUCGUCUUGUUCAGGAAGAUAUUUUUGAAUAUGAUGAUAUCCGAGCACAAGAAAAAGCUGCUUCUCAUGCAGGAAAGUCUGCAGCUCUAAGAGAUAAAGAUGUUGAUACCAUGCAUAUUAUGACUGAAGGAUUUGUACUGCAAGACCGCAAAAAAGAUAGCUCCAAAAAUGAACGGAUAGGAUUGACCAUGUCACACAUACAAGAAGCGCGGUCAUGA